AUCAAAAGUAUAAGCUAAAAGACGUUUAUUUCAAAUUUAAAAACAACAAAAACAAAAAACAUUUUAAAAAGUUUAAAUUAAAAUAGUUGUAGCUUAAUUAAGGAACAAUUAAGUAAAGCAAUGGAGAAAACACCAUUAAAUCUAUUCAAACAGAAGCAUAUGAUGUCGCGAGAAAUCCCAGCGAGUCCAUUUAUGAAGAAAUUGGGAUAUGGUACUGGAAUCUGUGUAUAUUUGCUUCCUAAUAAGUUAAAGAGGAACCAGACAGCAAGUCCAUGGGCUGUGAAAAAGACCCUGAAGUUGAAACAUGACACGACAAUGUACGGCAAGAGAUUGGACUUUGAAGCAGAAGUUCUAAGAAGAUUGACUCAUAGGAACAUUGUUGAGUUUAAGGCAUACGAAAUGUCACAGGAUGGCAGAUUCAACUUGUGUAUGGAGGCUUGCUCAAUGUCUUUGGGUGACUUGUUGGAAAAGAGAUAUGAAGACAAAUUGGGACCAUUAGAAGUCUUUAAAAUCAAUACACUUGGUUUAGACAUAUCUAAAGCCUUAAACUAUCUUCAUAAUGAAGUACUUAUGAUGCACGGUGACAUGAAAUCAUUCAAUAUUUUAAUUAAAGGUAAUUUCGGCAUCUGCAAAUUAUGUGACUUUGGAGUCAGCUUGAAAGUGAAAAAGGACGGUUUAUUGGAUUUUGACAAAGAUCCGAAAGCUCAUUAUGUUGGAACUGACUUGUGGAGCGCACCAGAAAUAUUUGAGGAAGACUCGACUUUAAUAUCAACGAAAUCUGAAAUCUUCUCAUUUGGACUGGUAUUUUAUGAAUGCCUGACUUGCGUUCCACCAAAUACACUCGAAAUGAUGGAUAAGAAAGCACUGGAUUUUGAUGAUGUAGCAUGUGAAGAAAUAGAAGAAAUUGAAGACGAAGAAGACGAAGGACCAAUUUAUGGAAUUCGACCACCAUUUCCUGAAGACAUGAAACUAUCAGAAGACUAUAAUGAUAUCCUGCAUAUCUUCAACAUUUGCACAGAUGAUGAUCCAGAACAACGACCAGACGCCAGAAAAUUGGAAAAUAUUUUCAACGAACUUAACAUUAUUGUUAUAGAUUAAAAAUAAGCAUGUACACGCAUAUUACACAUCCUCACUAUCUCUUUUAUUGUAUCAUUUUUUUCCGUUUCUUCUUACAUAAUAUGAACAUAUGAUAGACGUAAAUAAAUGUCAUGAAUGGGUA